AUGAUCAAAGAUAGAUAUAAGCUAUUGGCAGCAUCAUUACCAAGAGAAGACGAUGAUGAAUGGACGGAUGAAUUGGAACGAGAAUUGAAAGUUCCAAGAAAUGAGUAUGAAGCAUACAGAUCAUUGGAUGCAAAUAAAUUGCUUAAUGAAUUUGGUACUUAUGGACGUUAUCAAAUGAUUUCCUAUAUAUUAUGCCAGUUAACCAAUUUUUUUUAUGCUAUAUCAAUAUUUGUUAUAAUUUUUGUGAAUCGAAAACCGCCUGAUUUUACUUGCAAAAUUGAUAAUCCGACACGAAUGAAAAUGAUUAAUUCAAUGGAUCCAUGCAUAAUUAAAGAUUUGAAUACAGGAAAUGAAUUAAAAUGUUCAUCGAUUAAUAGCGGAACAUCUAUUAUUAGUAAUUCAACAAAUCGAUCAUACAGUAUACUUUUUGAGUACGAAUUAUUAUGUGUCAAUCCAUUCAUACAAGAAGCUGGAUUUUCAAUUUUUUCCGCUGGUGCUCUUCUUGCUGUACCAAUAGCAUCACAUUUAUCUGAUCAAUAUGGUCGUCGGCGCAUCCUUUUAAUUUCAAUUUAUUCAAGUGUUAUACUCAAUUUUAUCAUAGCAUUUUCACCUAAUUAUGCAAUCUUUGUGCUAUUACGAUUUCUCGUAGGAGCAGCAGCUGAUGUAUCCUACUUAACAAUUGGCUCAAUUCUUUGCUGUGAAACAGUGGCCGGGUCAUUUCGUGAAUGGAUAAAUUUAUUUGGAGUAACAUCUUGGCUACUCGGAUAUUUCUAUGUGGGUGCUCUCGAAUUAUUCAUUAAAGACUGGAGGAAAUUAUACUUUGCAUCAGCACUCCCAAGUGUAUUAACUAUUGCAUAUUAUUGGUUACUUCCCGAAUCGCCGCAUUGGAUGCUCGCACGCCGGCGGAUACGUGGUAUUCAGCAAUAUAUUAAAAUAUCCUCAUGGUUCAAUAAUGUUGAAAUUGAUUUGAAUAAAUGUCAAUCGGAAAAUAUUCACAAGACAGCUGCAAAUGAAUUUAACCAGGGAACUGUGUGUAAUUUAUUUAAGUACAAACGAAUUGUAUAUUUUCUAUGUGUCAACGGCUAUAUCACGAUGACAAUGAAUUUUUGCUAUUUUGUUAUUUCAUUUGAUAGUAUCAAUUUAACCGCGGAUGCAUUCACGGGUUAUGUCCUAUCCGGUUUAUCAGAAGUGCCGGGUUGUAUUAUUGUAAUCCCAUUGCUGCAUUUCUUCGGUCGUCGUUCUGUUGCAUGUGCAUCAUUUUUCUUGCAAGCUACUGCUGCAUUUAUCACACCAUUUCUUCGCGGAAUUCAAUGGGCUCGAAUAUCAUGUAACUUAUUCGGAAGAAUGGUCAAUGAUAUAAUUUUUGCAACCCAUCCUUUAUUAGCAAAUGAAAUGAUGCCGACAACUAUUCGAACAAUUAGCUAUUCAAUAAUUAAUAUACCUCAAAGCAUUGGGAUUAUGUUCUCACCAUUACUGAAAUAUACGGAUUUAGAUGACGAUAAAGUACCACAAUUCAUCCUAGCUGGCUUAUCAUUUGCUGCAGCAGCACUGACUAUUACUUUACCUGAAACUAAAGAUAAGCCAAUGCCGGAAGAUGUAAGUCAACUGGAUCCAGGACCAUUUCUAAAAUAUUUCAUUACAAGAAACCGUUUAACAAAGAAAUGA